UUAUCCGAUUGAUUAAAUGUAAAAAGUCCAGUUGGGCCCAUUUUCGUCAUCGCCGAGACGUAUUGGGGGUGCUUUCAACCCCCGACCAACCCCUUGCGUGGGCGGAAAUACGAAUUGACGGAUUUUCCCUUUGACUGGUGGGGAGCCGUGUUUCAACCCCUCCGUUUUCCAUUUCUAAAAUAAAUCAACGGAAAAUCUGAGACGAACAUUUACGGAUUGGACAUUGGCGAAGCAUGUUAGAACAAUGGAUAAGCAAAUUGUCCUUAUUACGGGCGGAGCUGGAUUUUUGGGCCAGCAUCUAAUAAGAGAAAUUCAAGAAAGACAAGAUGACAUCAAAGAAAUUAGGGUUGUAGAUUUGAUCAAACAUGAGAAUAAAAUCAAUUACAAAGAAAAUAUACCUGUGAUAAGUUAUAUUUGUGAUAUCUCUUCAAUGAAUGAGAAGUGUAAAGAGGCUUUCAGAGAUGUCAGAACUGUAUUUCAUUGUGCUGCAUACAUAUCUUACGAUUUUCCACCAGACAAAGCCAAAUUAAAUCACAACAAUGUUGAAGGUACAAGGAAUGUCAUAGAAGCCUGCCUUGAAAAUAAAGUGAGCUCGCUCAUCUACACCAGCUCGGCUGAAGUGUGCAUGAAGCCGUACUUCAACAAUGGUUUUUUUUCCAUAAUCAUAAAUCAAACCGAGUCAAAAGAACUGCCGCCGAUGGAAGAGGACCAACUCGUCUUCGGCAGCUAUGCGGCUUCCAAGCUCAAAGGGGAAGAAUUGAUUUUGUCAGCUGACAAUAUGAGACACUUUUCAGGUGAUAGCCGGCUGAGAACAACCGCAUUAAGACCUACUUUCAUGUAUGGAGAAGAGGAUAAUGGUAUUUUUAAAAAAAUCAUGCAAAUCGGCAACGAGUAUUGUAACAACAUUCUAUGGAGGAUCGGUGGAGCUGGAGGAAGGCAUCAGUUUGUAUACGCAGGGAAUGUCGCUUGGGCCCAUAUAAAAGCGAAAAUUGCACUCGAAGAUGAUGCAGAAUCAGUCGGCGGCCUGCCAGUUUUUAUAACUGACGACACAAGCCUUUCUGAUCAGUUCAGGUUCUGCGAACUACUGACUGAAUCCGAUGGAGAGUCGGUCUUCAAGAGGUCAGCUUGGUCUGUUCCUUCUCUGCUGUCUUUCUUGCUCGCAUUCGUUUUCGAAUUGGCAUAUGGUGUUUUGUUUAAAAUUUUCAGUUUGAAUCGUAUACCUUUCUCACCGAAAGGGUUUAUAAUUUACCUAGGGUCGGCUGUAUUCUUCAGCAGGCUCAGGGCAAUUCUACACUUAGCCUACAGCCCUCUUUACACCCCCGUUAAGGCAAAGCUGAAAUCUCAAGAGUAUUAUUUAUUAUUGUGUACAAAUGGUUUGUCCAAUAACUAUAAAAGUGUAAAUUAUAAGAGCUUUUAAACCAAAAUCUGUUGGUUUUUUAGUAAUACUGGCCCUUUA